AGUGUCCACCGCGGUCUGUUCCGUGGCUGCCUCCGACGCUCCGGUGGCUGCUCUUCGCUGCGGAACUCUGCGCGUGGACCGGUGUCGGCCUGGGCGGGGCCAGGGUUCCGUCUGAGCGGCAGAAUGGAGAUAAUCCGGAGCAAUUUUAAGAUUAAUCUUCACAAAGUGUACCAGGCCAUAGAGGAGGCUGACUUCUUCGCCAUCGAUGGGGAGUUUUCAGGAAUCAGCGAUGGACCCUCAGUCACUGCAUUGACAAGUGGUUUUGACACCCCAGAAGAGAGAUAUCAGAAGCUUAAAAAGCAUUCUAUGGACUUCUUACUGUUUCAGUUUGGCCUUUGCACUUUUAAGUAUGACCACAUAGAUUCCAAGCACAUAACGAAGUCAUUUAACUUCUAUGUUUUCCCCAAGCCUUUCAGUAGGUCCUCACCAGAUGUCAAGUUUGUUUGCCAGAGUUCCAGCAUUGACUUCCUAGCGAGCCAAGGAUUUGACUUUAAUAAAGUGUUUUGCAGUGGAAUUCCAUAUCUGAAUCAAGAAGAAGAAAGACAGCUGAGAGAGCAAUUGGAUGAAAAACGUGCUCAGGCCAAUGGGGCAGGAGCUCCGACAAAAUGUCCUGUGACAAUUCCUGAGGAUCAGAGGAAAUUUAUUGACCAAGUAAUAGAGAAGAUAGAGGACUUCCUACAAAAUGAAGAGAAGAGCUUGGAUCUAGAACCAUGUACUGGGUUCCAAAGAAAACUUAUUUAUCAGACUUUGAGUUGGAAGUAUCCCAAAGGCAUUCAUGUUGAGACACUAGAGACUGAAAAGAAGGAGAGACACAUAGUUAUCAGCAAAGUGGAUGAGGAAGAACGCAAGAGAAGGGAGCAGGAGAAGUAUGCAAAGGAGCAGGAGGAACUGAAUGAUGCUGUGGGAUUUUCAAGAGUCAUCCAUGCCAUUGCUAAUUCGGGGAAGCUGGUCGUUGGACACAAUAUGCUCUUGGAUGUCAUGCAUACAAUUCACCAGUUCUACUGCCCUCUGCCUGCAGAUCUGAACGAGUUUAAGGAGAUGACAACAUGUGUCUUCCCCAGACUUUUGGAUACUAAGUUGAUGGCCAGCACACAGCCUUUUAAGGAUAUCAUUAACAACACAUCCCUUGCUGAGUUGGAAAAGCGGUUAAAAGAGACACCCUUUGACCCUCCUAAAGUUGAAAGUGCAGAAGGCUUUCCAAGCUAUGACACAGCUUCUGAGCAGCUCCACGAGGCAGGGUAUGACGCUUACAUCACAGGACUCUGCUUCCUCUCCAUGGCAAAUUACCUAGGUUCUUUACUCGGUCCUCCAAAAGUGUGUGUGUCCACCAGAUCAAAACUCAUUGAACCCUUUUUUAACAAGUUAUUUCUUAUGAGGGUCAUGGACAUUCCCUAUCUGAACUUGGAAGGGCCAGACUUGCAGCCUAAACGUGAUCAUGUUCUCCACGUGACAUUCCCCAAAGAGUGGAAAACCAGCGACCUUUACCAGCUCUUCAGCGCCUUUGGUAACAUUCAGAUAUCCUGGAUUGAUGACACGUCAGCCUUCGUUUCUCUCAGCCAGCCCGAACAAGUACAAAUUGCUGUUAACACCAGCAAGUAUGCUGAAAGUUAUCGGAUCCAGACCUAUGCUGAGUAUGUGGGAAGAAAGCGAGAAGACAAGCAGGUCAAGAGGAAGUGGACAGAAGACAGCUGGAAGGAGGUGGACAGAAAGCAGCCCAACGUGCCAGGCCCCUGUUCCCACACCAACAGCUUCACAGCAACUGGCAUGAUUGGAAAGAGAAAUCUGAGUCCUGACCCAGGGGAAUCUGGCUCGGAAGACAGAGAAUUAGAGGGGAUCUCUGACUCUGAGCUUGAACAGAUAGAUUCCUGUGCAGACUCCCUCCCAGAGGGACGGAAAAAGGCCAAGAAGUUAAAAAGAAUGAAGAAAGAGCUUUCCUUGGCAGGAACCGUCGCAGAUAGCCCUGCCAUGCUUUUUGAAGUCCCUGACACGUGGUAACAGAGACCAGGGUGGAGCACCCUGAGCAUGCUGCUGCUGAGAGAGAGCUAGCCCAGCCUGCCUGUUGGAAGCCAUACUGUAUUCACUUAAUCAAAUGAGGCAUGGGAGGGCUUUGGAACCAAGUUUGUCUCCUACAAAAGCUACUUUUCCCUUUUUUGGCUGUCUCUAUUUUCCCUUUUCGUCUAAACUGACGGUUGGCGUACAUCA